AUCGAAGAUGAGGGUAAUCAUGGCAAUGAUGAGACCAGACUUUUCAUUUUAUCUUCUCUGGCUCAAUCGCAGAAAAGUCGUGUCGCUUGUAUUUUAUGCGAAGAACCCAUGUUGGUCUUUGAUCGUUAUCCUUUAGUGGAUGGCUCAUUCUUUUUGAGCCCCAAACAGCAUUCAACUGAUUGUAUUGAGGUUAAAUACGAAGGACGUUCUUUAUAUUUGACUAGCGUUUGCAUGCGCUGUUUGGAUGGUACUUCUACUAAUCGUAGUAUUUGCUGCAGAUUCUGUGCUGAUAAAUGGGAUGGUUCAAAUCUAGUCUUAGGUACCAUGUAUGCAUACGACAUUUUUGCCGCUAUGCCCUGCUGUGCAGAACGUCUCAAGUGCAAUAAUUGCUUCAAAUUGUUGAUACAUCCACAACAACGUCUUAACUUCUACAGUGCCUAUUCGCACUGUGUCACUUGCCCCUAUUGUGCAACUCAGGAUACACACUUUGUCAAACCCUUGACCUACUGCUACACCAAAAGCUUUUCGGGUCGCCUAUCGGCUAUCGCAUAACAUGAGGCCUCGUUGGAGUUGCCCACACAAACAGCAGUUACAACAAAUCAACAACAAACUGCUGGGGUAACUUCAACGAGCCUCUCUGCGGGAUCUAAGACUACUACAUCGUCGUCGUCGUCGUCAUCUUCUUUAGCAUCGAGGAAGAAAGUGGUUUUAUAUAAUCCCAAUGAGGAUUAUUCAGCACCAUUGCAACAAGAAAUCAAUACUGAUUUAAUUGGUCCACAUCCUCAAGCGCAACAAUAUCAAAAACAACAGCUACAGCAGACAUCAUCAUCAUCAGCAGCAGCAACUGCAACACAGGUAAGACAAUCUGCCAACAACAGAUCAUCUUCAGUUUCUUAUAAUACAUCAGCAUCAACAUCAGCAGCUGUUGCAGGAGUGUCAGGAGUUUUAAAUAAUUCUACAACAAUCAAUAAUUUACAAUUAAAAUUAAGUGAACAAUGUAAUAUAAGUAAAUUAGGUAAUAUAAUCACAACAACUACAACAACAAAUAAUAAUAAUAAUACAAUUACUACUAAUAACAAUAAUAAUAAUAAUUUUACUAUGAAUGAAUUUAAUGCAAUGAAAACAGCCCAUAAUAUUGUAACAACACCACCAAUAACACAACAACAACAACAACAUGUAGGUUUAUUACACAACAACAUUGAAACAAACAAUCUUGUUAAUAAUACAAUAAUUAGCAACAAUAAUAAUAACAACAACAACAGCAGUAUUAAUAAUUUAUUAUGUAGCAAUAAUUUAAAUACUAAUGUCUGGUCCAAUAAUCAACAACAACAAACACCAGCCAACAUUUUACAAACCCAAAAUAUGGGUCUUUAUCAAACAGUCUCUUCUAAUAAUGGCUGUUUCCAAAUGGACAAUUUGAAUAAUCACUGCACUGAGGCCAUGAUUUCCUCACUUUGGGGCUGUGAAUCUAGCUCUAGUGGUUGUUCUUCCGGUUCGGGUUCUCAGCCCUCAUUGAGUCCCACCCUUAUGUCCAAUGUUAAUCAUAAUUAUCGCAGCAAUAGCAAGGAAUCAUUGUGGUCACAACAAACUUCACCAUCUACCAGCAGCUCAGGUUGUAGCAGCCAACUCAGGGAUACUUAUUAUACUGGCUCAAAAAUCACAACCCAAUCACCCACAUCCUGGUCCUCUGCUAAUGCCAACAACCAUGGUUGUUCUUCCAGCAAUGCUAAUAAUCUUAUGUAUGAGGCAAAUGAUUUAAACUUUACCAAGAUGAAUCAUAUUUGGGAAAUACCCGAAAAUUCAUCAUCAUCAUCAUCAGCUGCCUCGGCCCAAAUACAAGAUUUCUUUCCCGAAAUCUGGAGCAAUCUCAAUGGCAACACAAAUAAUUUAACCGAUAAUAUAUCGGAUAUUAGCUCGAAUACUUCUUCACAACCAGACUCUGACAUCUGGCGUACUCCCCAGUUACCAGCGUCAGCCAACAAUACGGGUAUUGUUAAUAAGGAUAUCAGAGCCAUGUUUGGUAAUGCUAACAGCAGCAACAAUCAUCUUGUAAAUGAAAAUAAUUCCAGCGGUUUGGGAGCCGCUGCUUGCAUGCAAUUAUUUUCCGAUGAAUUCCUAUUUAUGUAAAUUUAUUUUUAAAAAAUUUACAUAUUUUUUUUUAGAAAAAUCUUUUAUUUUUUUUGUUUGUUUUUCGUAAGAAAACUACUUAAAAAUCU